CUUAAGAACACUGCGGAGCUGCAGAUUCGACAACUUCAUCUAACGCGGUCGUUGAAGCAGUUUAGAGCCCUGGCAAAACGAGUCGUUAAGUCGUGGCGAGACGAAGGAGAAAUCGAGCUCGCCAACUGGCUUCAAAGCGUGUAUUUCACUCCGCGAUGGGAGCGCUGGAGUGUCAAUAGCUCCCCUGUUCCUGGCUUCCUUCCAACCCAGCAGCCAAUCGAAAGUCACCACCGCGUCAUUAAAGUCACCGUCACGGACUACAAGAAAGCACCGACCAUCACAGUCUUAAACUCCGUGCUGCCAAGAACCCUACUGUGUGAUGCUACUAACCUAGCGUCCGGUCCGCAUCGCCAUUACGCCGAA